UUGGCUAACGUCCGACUAGCAAGAUGGUUCUUGCCCAGGACAUUGAUCUCCUCCACCCCCCCGCGGCUCUGGAGGCCCGCAGGCACAAGCUCAAGCGCCUCGUGCAGAGCCCCAACUCCUUCUUCAUGGACGUCAAGUGCCAGGGUUGCUUCAACAUCACCACCGUCUUCUCCCACAGCCAGACCGUGGUGCUCUGCGGCUCCUGCUCCGCGGUGCUCUGCCAGCCCACCGGCGGCAAGGCGCGCCUCACGGAGGGUUGCAGCUUCAGGCGCAAGGGCGAUUAAGCGGAACGAGCUAGCGCUCGCGAGCUUAGAGAGUUAACUGGGGGGUUUUUCAUUUAGGGGCGGAGGGAGCACCGGCGGGGUUGCGCGAAGAUUUAGUAAUCUUUCGCAGACGCUUGCGCAAGCUCACGCCCUCGAAAACACGCGGCGGAGCCCUCUCUCUGAGUGGGAGAGGCACUGGUAGAGAGUAAUACAGACUCUAUCUCGAAAAAAAAA